GGAAUUGACUGUGCUAGGACGCGAGCUUGCGGGUCAGGAAGAGGCGUCCGGUGCACACUCACGGCACCUGGCGCUUGGUUCGCGAGGUGGAGCACAGCGACCCCUGCAGACUGGGCGGGAGCGACAUGCGGAGCAAGAAGCCUUUCCAGCAUCCUGUUCUAUGUUCUCCCUUGUUCACAAAAUUGGUCAACUGGAGCCUAGAGGACCUGGGUUGUGAUCUAGGUCUGCUAACUAUCCACUCAGUGAAUUUGGGUGCCAGCAAUUGCAGAAUGUGGCAGCUCACAAGUUUCCUGCUGUUUGUGGCCACCUCGGGAAUUUCCAGCACAACAGCCCUGUUCGACUCAGUGUUCUCCAGCAGCGAGCGUGCCCACCAGGUGCUGCGGCUCCACAAACGUGCCAACACCUUCCUGGAGGAACUCCGGCCCAGCAGCCUAGAGCGGGAGUGCACAGAGGAGGUCUGUGACUUUGAGGAGGCCAAGGAGAUCUUCCAAAAUGUGGAUGACACACUGGCCUUCUGGUCCAAGUACGUCGACGGUGACCAGUGCGCAACCAGGCCCUCGGAGCACCUGUGCGCGCGCCCGUGCUGCGGCCACGGCACGUGUACGGACGGCAUCGGUGGCUUCAGCUGUGACUGCAGCCGGGGCUGGGAGGGCCGCUUCUGCCAGCACGGUGAGGGGCGCGGGGCGCUUGGGGUCGGGGCCGGGGUCGGCGCGUGGGGCGGGGGCCGGGGCGCAGCACCACCGCCACUCUCCGCUGUCUCGCCCUGCGCUCCAGAGGUCAGCUUCUCCAACUGCUCCGUGGACAACGGCGGCUGCGCGCACUACUGCCGGGAGGACGCGGACGGGCGUCGCUGCAGCUGCGCGUCGGGCUACGCGCUGGGAGACGAUCACCAGCGCUGCCGGCCCGAGGUGAAGUUCCCUUGUGGGAGACCAUGGAAACGAAUGGAGAAGAAGCGCAAGUACUCUAAACGUGACACAGACCAAGCGGACCAAGAAGACCACGUAGACCAAGUGGACCCACGGAUCAUCGAUGGGAAGGUGACCACACGGGGAGAGAGCCCUUGGCAGGUGGUCCUGCUGGACUCGAGGAAGAAGCUGGCCUGUGGGGCAGUGCUCAUCCACCCGUCCUGGGUGCUGACAGCGGCCCACUGUAUGGAGGACUCCCAGAAGCUCAUUGUCAGGCUUGGGGAGUAUGACCUGCGGCGCUGGGAGAAGUGGGAAGUGGACCUGGGCAUCGAGGAGGUCCUCAUACACCCCAACUACAGCAAGAGCACUACAGACAAUGACAUUGCACUGCUGCACCUGGCCAAGUCUGCCACCCUCUCACAGAACAUCAUACCCAUCUGCCUCCCAGACAGCGGCCUUGCUGAGCGUGAGCUCACUCAGGCUGGCCAGGAGAUGGUGGUGACAGGCUGGGGCUAUCACAGUAGCCGAGAGAAAGAGAUCAAGAGAAACCGCACCUUUGUCCUCAGCUCCAUCAGGAUUCCUGUGGUCUCACGCAGCGAGUGCAUACAGGUCAUGCGCAACAGGAUCUCUGAGAACAUGCUGUGUGCGGGCAUCCUGGGGGACCGGAGGGAUGCCUGCGAGGGGGACAGUGGGGGGCCCAUGGUCACCUCCUUCCAAGGCACCUGGUUCUUGGUGGGCCUGGUGAGCUGGGGCGAGGGCUGUGGCCUCCUUCACAACUACGGUGUUUAUACCAAAGUCAGCCGCUACCUGGACUGGAUCAACAGCCACAUCAGGGACAAGGAGGCCUCCCUCAAGGGACAGGUGCCUUAGCACCGCUCCCUGCUGGGCUAGGCUGUUGAAUUGGCAAUAUGCGGAACAUUAAAGGGGCACGCAAGAAGAA